AUGGCUCGCACUAAGCAAACAGCCCGCAAGUCCACGGGAGGCAAGGCUCGAAAGCAGCUGGCUACCAAGGCAGCCCGCAAGUCUGCACCUGCCACUGGGAGGUGUCAAGAAGCCUCAUCGUUACAGCCUGGUACGUUGCUCUACGUGAGAUCCGUCGUACAGAAGAGCACUGAGCUGCUCAUCAGGAAACUUCCAUUCCAGCGACUUGUACGUGAGAUUGCUCAAGAUUUCAAGACUGACCUGCGAUUCCAGUCGUCAGCUGUCAUGGCUUUACAAGAGGCCUCUGAGGCUUACUUAGUUGGUCUCUUUGAAGAUACUAACUUGUGUGCCAUCCAUGCUAAGCGUGUUACCAUCAUGCCUAAGGACAUUCAGUUAGCUCGCCGCAUCCGUGGAGAACGUGCUUAGGUCCCAACCUACGUAUACAUACAAACAGGCCCUUAUUAGGGCCACAAGAUAAUGUUAUUAAGAGAUGAUAUAGACUAAUGCAUAAUAAUAAUAACAAUACUAUUUAUAUAGCUACCUCCUAGAUGAUGUUAUUUAUUAAAAAACAGGCAAAGAGUCCUCUUACUUUGUUAAAUGUUGUUGCAAUGUCCACACAGACUAGGUAGGUAACAUUUCAAGGAUAGGAAAGGACCCUUCGUGGAUGGGGUAGGGAUACACAUAUGGAUAUAUAUAUAUAGAUGGAUACAUAGAUUGCUAGGUAGAUAGAUAGUAUAGAAAGAAUGGGUAGAGAAACAGAAAUACUAACACCCCUCGUUAGCAUAUGAAAUCACCCCUCGUUAGCAUAUGAAAUCACCCCUCGUUAGCAUAUGAAAUCAAGCCUUUCUCAGUAGCCACUGCACCAACAAUGCUCCUGUAACUGUUUCUCUUUAUUUUCCUAUAUUUCUUGCCUUAUUUGUUGGGGAGGGAAA